GCCAAGCAACCUUUGCGGGAGACUCCAAACAGACGUCACAGAAAAUCGCAUGGACAAAAUCUCGAACUAUAUAGGAAUCAGUUGAUAUUUUUAUUUUUAUUUUUGUACAGCAAACACGCCACGUAACAACCCGCCCAGCAUCCGAAACACCAGAAUCUGUCCACAUCCCUCGGCGGCCCUCUCCAAAUCAUUCAUCCAUGGCUAGCAAAGCCUCCCGCUGGGCCGUCAGCCAGGAGGACGUCGCCAAAGCGAAACAAGAACGCGAGGCCAAGCGCCGUGCCAAAGCCGCAAAGGCCGCCGCGCGCAAGGCCCAGGAAGAUACUGUCGCCCAGUCACAACUGCAGAGUCAACCACCGGCUGCCGAGAAUGGACCACCGGCAAAGAGGCGCAGGGUGACGCCCGCUCCCGAUGCCGCACAAAACGACGACGACGACGAUGGAGGUCGCGGAACAACGAACGAGCACAGGCUGCUAAGGUUGCCGGGGCCUCCGUUCGGCAAGUGCAGGAGCGUCGAGAACUAUGACAAGCUCAACGACAUUGAGGAGGGCGCCUACGGAUGGGUUGCGAGGGCGAAGGAACUGGCGACGGGCAAAAUAGUGGCCCUGAAAAGAUUGAAGAUCGACCCGAAAGAUCGGAGCGGGCUGCCUGUCACAGGGCUACGUGAGAUCCAAAUCCUCAAGGAUUGCAGCCACAGAAAUGUGGUAGAAAUGCAUGAGGUGGUGGUUGGUGACGACACCAGCAAGUUUGAAAACAUCUUUCUGGUGCUAGAGUUUCUUGAGCAUGAUCUCAAGAGCGUGUUGGAGGACAUGCCAGAGCCUUUCCUCUCGUCAGAGGUCAAGACGGUACUUCUACAGCUUGCGGCAGGCGUUGAUUACCUCCACGAAAACUUUAUCCUCCAUCGAGAUCUCAAAACCUCAAACCUCUUACUCAACAACCGCGGCCAGUUGAAGAUUGCAGAUUUCGGCAUGGCGAGGUACGUAGGUGACCCGCCGCCGAAACUGACACAGUUGGUAGUCACCUUGUGGUAUCGUGCACCAGAGCUUCUGCUUGGGACGAUCAAGUACGGCCAGGCGGUAGACAUGUGGAGUGUGGGGUGCAUAUUUGGCGAGCUGCUCACCCGUGAGCCAUUACUACAAGGGAAGAACGAAGUCGACGAGCUGACAAAGAUAUUUGAGCUUUGCGGCGUGCCGACAGAGGAGAGCUGGCCUGGGUUUCGCCGAUUGCCAAACGCAAGGUCUUUGAGGCUGCCAAAAAACCCACAGGCUGCCGGCUCUGUCAUCAGGGCGAGAUUUCCACUACUCACCGCAGCGGGGAGCGGUCUGCUUUCAGGGUUGCUAUCGUUGGACCCGGAGAGAAGGAUUACAGCCAAAGAGAUGCUGGCACACGACUAUUUCAAGCAAGAUCCAAGACCAAAGCAUGAAAGCAUGUUCCCUACAUUUCCCAGCAAGGCUGGGCAGGAGCGGAGGCGACGCCGAGACACGCCAAAUGCUCCUAUCCGGGGCCUGGCUGCUGAUCUUGGAGACGUCGAUUUUACUGGCAUCUUUGCGCGCCGCGAGAGGGAAGAGAAAGGAGCCGGGUUUCAACUUCGAAUGAUAUAGACAGAUGCGAGGCAUGACUACUGCUUCGGAAAAUUAAUAUUCGAUUGUCUGGGAUUGUCCCUGAGGAUGCUAUACAUAUCGUCUCAAUUCUUUUCUCUUAAAGUAAACCAUGAGAUAUAUGAUCCAGAUAAUGAUCCACACUCCAGAUCUUCUCCCCGUUUCUACAAUUUGUCAGAUAGAUUGUUUGCAACCAACUCCCACAUGAGAUUCGUCCGAUUUGCCAUGUUUUAAACGGCGAUGCAAACACAACCUAGACAAGAAAAAGUAUGCAUGUGCCCAACG